GCCGAUAUUUGUGUUGUUGAGGAGCAAUUUAUGUAAUUUUUAUUAAAUAUUAACAAUAUGUCGAUACCAUUUAGUGGUACUCUGCGGCGCUCAGGCGGUGUUGUUUCAGCUAUUGGCAAACAAUUGAAGAGCGUUAAUUUAAAAGGAGUAAAACGCGUAACCGUACAGUUCGAUCCUUUCGCGGAAAAUGUUAAGUCCACACGUGAGUUUCUAUUCCUGCUCUCAACGCCAAAGGUAACGCAGACGAAUCCUAAGUGUGUUGUUAAAACAGAUAUAGUUUGUGAUCGCCAGCCGGCACAGAUUAAAUUUUCCCUCAUCGAAUCAGCACAAGAGCUGGCCAAGGCCAAAGAGAUACGUUUUAGAAGUUCAAAUCUGUCUACUCUGGAGCUGCUGCAGCUAUACAAUAAGCACGUUUCUACGCUAGCCCCACCCGAAGAAAUAGCGACCAAGGUACUGACCAAGGCCGAGAAACAGAAAAUUGCUGGUGGUGGCGGCGGCAAAAAAGCUCCUAAGAAAAAGUAAAUUCCAGGGAGGUUAUCUAGUUACGGGCUCAA